AUGUGCGAGGGAUGCAGAGAAUUCCCUAAGCUAGUCAUUUCAAAUGCCAAGGUUUCCCCAGACGAUCUCGUAAAAGAUGUUAUCGUGGUCAAUGGUGACAACCCUGGACCAGUCCUCGUAGCAGUAAAGCUUCAGCACUGGCAUGGAAUCAAGAAACAUUUGUCGAACGAGAUGGACGGAACUGCUAUGGUGACCUACCCAAUGUCCCAUAGUGUCUGGGCAUUCUUUCAUGUACGACUUCACGCCCGUAAACCGGAGCGGGACAUUUUGGUAUCAUUCACAUUUCACGCUCCAGUACUGUUGGUAAUUUCAUUCUUUAUCGGAGUAAACAGCCAAAUAUUUUUUUAUUCAGCGGCUGCAACAAUCCCCUUUGGCCGUCUCUUUCAAGCAGGCGGACCGUCACCACCCGAGUGCCUUGUUGUCAUUGAUUCGGGGUUCAGUUUCACGCAUGUAGUACCCAUCAUCAACAGUCAAAUACAAUGGUAUGCCGUGAAGAGACUCGAUGUCGGCGGCAAGUUAAUGACUAACCAUCUCAAAGAACUCGUCUCAUACCGCCAGUGGAAUAUGAUGGAUGAAACUUACAUCAUGAAUCAUGCCAAGGAGACAUGCUGUUAUGUGUCUACGAGAUUCUUCGAAGACCUGGAAACCUGCACGGUCGCGUCAGGCUUCCCAACGAGGAGUUAUCAACCACUGACCAAGUCCUUCACAUGGAAAAUGAGCGAUUUACAAUUCCCGAACUAUUAUUCCGUCCCGAUGACAUCGGACACUUUGAUACUGCACCACCAAAUGAACUACAUCCUCUUAGGCUUAGAACAAUCAGGGCUGGCGGCGACCGUGACUGCGUCUAUCGCGCUCCUUCCGGAUGACCUUCGAGGCAUGUUUUGGGCGAAUAUUGGUCAGAUCGGUGGUAGUACCAACUUCCCAGGAUUUUACGAGCGAUUAUCAUCCGAACUGUUGUCACUCACCCCGGUUGAAUAUGAUCUGCAAAUAUAUCGGUCAGAAGACGCUGUGACCGAAGCUUAUCGCUCUGCCAUUGCUUUUGCGAAUGAUCCUGCGUUCCCCACCCACGUUGUUACAAGGGAAGAGUAUCUUGAAGUCGGUAGCAACGCCUCACGAAGGACAUUCCCUGGAUGGCAGUCAUCGUCUGCACCUGGGGACGCAGAGAUAAGCAAAAUCACUCAGGAGUCGAUGGUGGAAGAUCGAGGCCAACUUAGCCGCAAGCCUAGCCGUUCACGAAUGCGCACGGCUGGCCGUCGUAAAUAG